CAUGGCCAAGCCCAGCUGUACAAACACAUGUACUUUUGGAUGUCUUCUGCAUGUCUCAAGUGUGCCAUUGAGCUUGAAAUACCAGACAUAAUCCACAAGAAUGGCCAACCCAUCUCUAUAUCUCAGUUGGUGUCAGCUCUCAAAGUCCCACCCUCAAAAGCUAACUUCGUGAAAGGGCUCAUGCGCUUGCUGGCGCACAAUGGCCUCUUCUCUAUCAUCGAAAGCAACAACAUUGAAGAAGAAAGUGAAGUAGCAUAUGAUCUCACUUCUGCAUCUCAGCUUCUUGUGAGUGGCACAAACCAUUGUUUAUCUUCAAUGGUUCAGUGGGCCCUUAGGCCCACUAGGCUUGAGAUGUAUCAUCAGUUAGGAAAAUGGGUUCGUGGGAAGGAAAAAACAUUGAGAGAGACAGCAUUUGGGGUAGGCUUUUAUGACUUCCUUAAUCAAAACCCUGCAGACUUGGCAGCCUUCCAAGAAGCAAUGUCUAGUGAUUCUCUAUUCAUGAAAGUGGCACUGAGUGACUUGGAAUCUGUUUUUGAGGGCUUGAAUUCCAUUGUUGAUGUUGGUGGUGGAACUGGGACCACUGCCAAGAUUAUCUGUGAAGCAUUUCCCAUGUUGAAAUGCAUCGUGCUGGAUCUUCCUGAGAUUGUUGCAGGCUUAUCUGGAGACACCAAUUUGAGUUUUGUAAGUGGGGACAUGCUCAAAACCAUCCCUCAUGCUGAUGCAGUUCUGAUCAAGUGGGUUUUGCACGAUUGGGGGGAUGAUGAUUGCAUAAAAAUACUCAAAAAUGCCAAAGAAGCUAUCUCCGGCAAUGGCCAAGGAGGAAAAGUGAUCAUCAUAGACACAGUGUUAAACGAAAAGCAAGACAAUCAUGAACUGAUGGAAACAAAACUCCUAUACAACAUAAUUUUAAUGGCUGAGUUUGAUGCAAAAGAGAGGUCUGAGGAAGAAUGGAAGCAACUAUUCCAGAAAGCAGGCUUCACAGAUUACCAGCUGUUUCCCAUAUUGGGCUUUCGGUCUCUCAUUGUGCUUCAUCCUUAGAUUUGGUUGGAACCCAAUAACUAGUUUUACAUGUUUUAAACUGAAUAAAUUUGCAGUGGAACAAGAAGUGUUAUAAUAUUUCUGCACUUUAAAUAGCUCCAACAAUAGAAAAGUUGGUCCCUCUCUUAUAAGAAUAGUUGAUUGAAUCAUCUAGCAAU